UUUUAUCUAUUUCCUUCUCUUGCACUUCAAGAAUCUGAUCGUUGGAGCUAUCCAUCCCAUGUAGAAUCUAGCGAGCUUCAUCAUCCUUCUCCUCCUAUUCAUGGUUGUUUGCAUUGCAGGGAGCUCAGCCAUGGUGUCGUACCAGGCUUUCAUGCUGGGAAACUCAUCAAGUGUUCAAACAUUGUUGUCAACUAUUACACUGGCCAAAAUGAAAAUAUAGAAAUCGGCGAUAGUUGGGUUAUCUACAGAUAACAAUAAAAAGCUUACCGUUAUCAACAGAGUAUGUUGUCUGUGAUCUUUCGAGAUAUCUAUCAAACUCUUUAUAACUGUGAAGCAUAUCUUGCUUUAUUUCUAGUUGUCUCUCAUCACUGAGAACAGGAGUUCCGAAUAAAGCAGGCCCAUAAACUAUCCGAAAAAAUCAAUAGCUGACUCUAUACCUAAACUUAUCAAUGCCAAAUUCUAGUAAUUGAUUUAUCUUUGCUCAUUGCUUGGCAUUAUCAGCUGGAUAAAGAUAAUGUGAUUUAUCAUGAGUCUGCACCAAAUAUUUACAGAUCGGAACUGUCUCCCAUAGUGUAAAUUCCCCAUCUUUGAUAGCAGGUAUCUUCCCAUUUGGAUUGAUUUUAAGAUACCAAUCUGUCUUGUUCUCUUUAGUGGAAAUAUCAAUGAUUCUUUCAGUGUAGGGAACCUCUAGAUGAGCAAUGACUGCCCCCACAAUCAUUGAGAAUUGGGAAAGAGUAUGAUGGUAAUGGAUCUGUUCUUGAUUAGCUUCCAUUUCUCCAAAUACUAUAUCUUUAGUUUCUAUUUUU